AUGCCCAAGAGGAAGAUCAGCUCUGCCGAAGGGGCGGCCAAGGAAGAGCCCAAGAGGAGAUCGGCCAGGUUGUCGGCUAAACCGGCUCCUGCAAAGGUGGGCGCGAAGCCCAAGAAGGCAGCUGGCAAGGAGAAAUCAUCGGACAAGAAUUUGCAAGCCAAGGGCAAGAGAGGAGCAAAAGGCAAACAGGCCGAGGUGGCCAGCCAGGAAACUAAGGAAGAUGUGCCCGCGCAAAACGGAGACACUGAAAAUGAGGAGCGCCCCGCCUCUGACCAAGCCGAAGAGAAGGAAGCCAAGUCCGAUUAA